CGCAGUGAUCAUUCUCAAAACACGGCGAUAUGUCUAUUCGUCUGCUGUUUAUUUUAGUUAUAAGCGCAGUGUCUGCUCAAAAUGAUAAUGAUUUAUUUGAAUUGAAUAUUAUACAUUACAACGAUUUUCACGCACAUUUUGACCAAAUAUCACUAAAUGGUGGACCAUGCAAUCCUACGGAAGGAGACUGCAUCGGUGGCUUCUCUCGCCUCUACACCGCUAUCAUGCAGGUGCUGGAAGCUGAACCCGACUCUUUGCUCCUCAAUGGCGGGGAUACUUUUCAAGGCACCAUCUGGUAUAACUUUCUGCGAUGGAAUGUCAGCCAGCAUUUUAUGAACAUGUUACCGCACGAUGCACAUGUACUUGGAAAUCAUGAGUUCGAUCACGGCGUGGAAGGUCUCCUGCCGUAUUUGCGAAAGCUGCAAUCUCCAAUGUUAGGUGCUAAUGUUAACACGACCUUCGAACCAGAGAUGACGCCAUAUAUAAAAAAUCAUAUCAUCGUUACACGGAAUAAACGGAAGAUUGGAAUCAUUGGCAUACUACUGCGUACGUUUUCCGCACCAGUCGGACGAGUUAUAAUGGAAGACGAAUUAGAAGCAGUUAAUCGAGAAGCUGCCUUACUCACUAAGCAGGGCGUCGACAUUAUUAUUGUGUUGUCACACGUCGGAUAUACCAGUGAUGUAUCAUUAGCAGCACGUAUGUCUUCGGACGUAGACAUCAUAGUGGGUGCUCACUCGCACUCAUUGCUCUACAACGGUGACGCCCCAGACGGCUCGAGGCCAGUCGGGGAAUACCCCACUAUUGUAACACAAGAUAAUGGUCACAGGAUACUAGUCGUGCAGGCGUCAUGUUACACGAGAUACCUUGGUGAUAUAAAGCUAUAUAUAGAUAAAGCUGGAAAAAUUGUAUCUUGGAAAGGACAACCUAUUUACCUUGGCACAUCUAUUGUUCGAGAUCCCCACAUAGAGAGCCUGCUGGAGCCUUGGAGACAGGAAGUGGACGCAAUCGGCAAAGAGGUGUUGGGCCGCUCCCUAACGGCGCUACAACGCGGCUGUUACCGCGGAGAGUGCAACAUUGCCAACUGGGCUUGCGAUGGUCUCGUCGAUGAGGUGGUAGGGCUGGCGCAGGCAGACGCGUGGGGCGCGGCGCACGUGUGCCUUAUGAACGCGGGCGGCGUGCGCGCGCACAUCGAUGUGGGAGAAAUAACGACUGAAGCACUGCUGAUGGCGUUUCCUUUCGAGAAUUACGUCCAGCUAUACGAUUUGAAAGGAGAGUAUCUUCUGGAAGCGCUAGAAUUCUCAGUGGGUGUUUCAAUAAGCGACCCUACUAACUUCUCCAGCAGUCGGAUGUUGCAAAUAGGCGGCCUGCGCGUCGUGUACAACGCGUCGCAGCCGGCGGGCGCGCGCGUGCUGCGGGCGGCCGCGCGCUGCGUGCGCUGCGCCGUGCCGCGCUACGAGCCGCUGCGGCGCGACAAGCUCUACCGCGUCGUCUCGCAGAGCUACAUCGGCGACGGCGGCGGCGGGUACACGAUGUUGUCACAGAAUAGAGAGAACCUAGUCAACUUGGAUUUGGACUAUGUAAUGCUGCAGCGAUACCUACGUCGACAAGGCACAGUCUUGCAAGAUUUGGACGGACGAAUUCAAAUUGUGCAUUAAUUAUUAUUAAUUAUGAAACGAAUUAAUUUAGUUUCAAUCUAA